CCUGUCACCUCGCCCCGGCGCGGAGCCGGCACCGCUCAACCCCCGCGGGACGGGGCCGGCAGCACCCCCGCACCCUCGGGGGCGUGGGGCUGGGGGUCCCCUGGGUGUUCGCCGGGGUGAUGCUUCCCCGUGUCUUGUUGUUAUUUUCCUUCCCCCCGAAGAUGAGCGCGCUGCCUGCCUCUGCCUUUGAAUGGCUCUUAAAAUACAUUUGCAAUUUCUGAGCAGUUUUGUCCGGAAGACUGUGCUCAGGUUAUGACGACUAAUCCCAAACCGAACAAGGCAUUAAAGGUAAAGGAGGAGUCAGGAGAGAAUGCCCCGGUGCUGAGUGAUGAUGAACUCGUGUCAAUGUCCGUACGGGAGCUGAACCAGCACCUGAGGGGUCUCACCAAAGAGGAGGUCAUCCGUCUGAAGCAGCGGAGGCGCACGCUGAAGAACCGGGGCUACGCUGCCAGCUGCCGCAUCAAGCGUGUGACUCAGAAAGAGGAGCUCGAGAGGCAGCGGGUUGAGCUGCAGCAAGAGGUGGAGAAGCUGGCCAGAGAAAACAGCAGCAUGAAGCUAGAGCUGGAUGCCCUGCGCUCCAAGUACGAAGCACUGCAGACCUUUGCUCGUACCGUGGCGCGAGGGCCGAUUACCCCGACCAAAGUUGCCACCACCAGUGUCAUCACCAUCGUGAAAUCAGCUGAAAUCUCAUCCAGUUCUGUGCCGUUCUCAGCAGCCUCCUAGUGCCCUCGGUGUGGGGAACUAGCAGCCUUUCAGAGGGGAGGGGAUAAGGCUCUUAUGCGUUGUUCCGGAGUCCUUGGUCACGUYGAGAAUUGGCAUUCUAAGAAGUCUCUUCCAAAAGUGCAAAAAAACAGAAGAAAAAAAAAAUAGAAAAGAGAAAAACAAACAAACCCAAAGGUUUCCUGCAAAGGGAACUUAACUGGCUGCUUCUGUCUGGACUCAGUGGCUCCAUCAACUUCUUGUGUCCAGGAUUUGAGCUCUGUAUGCAGUACAAAUUGCAAGAUCUGCUUCCUCCUUCCCCCUGCCUCCACAAAACCCCUCUUAGCUGUGGGCAGCUUUCCAGCUGGGAGAAGAUACCUGAGGAGCCUCYGGAGUCUUCAUGAAUGAUGCUCAAGAGCCAGGAAACAGAUGGACCGUAGAAAUCAUCAUGUGAGAUGAAUGUAUGGGAAAAAGAGUUUCCUUUAGUGGCCUCCUACUCCUUGUAAGAAGGGUCUCCCCUACCCUCCCCACUUCCAUCUGAUAUKAUGAGGGCAGGAAUAUAGGCUUUGUGGAUUUGAUUUCACCCUGCUAAGAGUGGAUGGGAGCGGGAGGAUGAUGGAGAUAAACSCUUGGGUCUGACCACACCCAUUAAGAAUAACUUCUUGUUUUCAAUCCAUGCUGUUAAAAUAUGGAAAAAUAUAUAUUUUACAUAUUUUAAUAUGCCCCAUUACCUGUGUGGCCUGUAAAAAAACCUACAUUGCAGCCUCCUUUAUUCCAAGCCCAAGUUUCCCGAUAGCUCCUUCCCAAAGGCGUGCCUGUGAAUUGGGUAUAUUUAUGCAGUUUAUUUCUUCCAAAUGAUCCGCAGUCUUGAAGUAGUAGCUUUUAUUUCCUGGAUUACCUGAAGCUGAAGGGAGGGAGGCACAGUAAAUGCUGUGAAGAGCAGUGUGAUGUGGAGAAAGGGGGAGAUGAGGAGGAAAAAAUGCUGCACGUAUUCCUGGUGGAGGCAGAAUUGGCUGUGAGAGAAGGUUGGGACAGUUCUGCUGGGAUCAGCACCGUGAGAAGGAGUUUGUGCAGAGGAUUUUGGAAGGAUGUUUUUAAAGCACUGAAGUGUAACUAGAGGGCAAUAGCAUUCAGCCAGGAGGAGAGGAGUUCAGAGUCUCCUCUCUGACAAAGCAUUGGUAGGUUAGCAGUGACCAUCCUUUGCUGGAGAGCUGUGCUCACCAGUCCUUGGUGAUCAGAGAAGGGYUGUGGAGAGGUCAGAUGGGAGCUUGGAAGAGCCUUUCCCUCUCCAUAGCACAUCAGAUGCUGAAUUUGGGAUCCAAAGAGUACAGUGAACAACCCUCAGUGUUCAGACAACCUGUGUGAACGUGACCCUGAAACUUGAUGCUUUCUCUUGCAAAGGGGUGAGUUAUCCUGAGAGGUGCAGGAUGGAAAAUCAGAGUGUGUGUAGGGACAGAAGAGUUGGGAUYGAGAAGUCGUUUGUUUGGCUCUGAGCAGUGGUUUGGGAGAGGGAUUUCUGGCUCGGCAGUGGGCAGGAUUUGGGAAGCUGAAAGGAGAGAUUCUUUCAGUGCUGAAACAAUGAAUGUUUCCAGGUCACUGUAAAAAAAAAAAAAUAGCUAUGUUGGUGUUCGUGUGUUUUGUUGUUGUUUUUUUUUUUUUUUCUUUUUGAAGUAGGAAGGAAAAGGGACUGUGAGUUUUUGUAGGGCAGGUCAGAGACUUGUGGAAUGGACGACGCCUGUUGUCGCACAGGUGAGAAGAGAAUGAGAUUGCUGAGGUUUAAGGUGAGGAGAAGAGCUUAGAGAAUUUGGGCUCCAGAACAGAAAACAAAAGAUCACGAAGAAUUCAUGAGUGGUUUGGACUGAAAGAGAAUAAUCAAGUGCUACCGUUGUUGGAAAGGGGACAGUGAACUGGCAUCUGACACCCAGUAUAAUUUGUUGUUUGAGGCUUUGUCUUGCCUUGAAUGGCAGUAUGUUGGUAGAAAUUUAGUGAAGCCCUACUUGUCUUUGGAAGAAGUUGUUAGCUUGCUUUUUCUUUU